AUGAGAGUUAAAACCGAGUGUUUCGUUUUUAGUAUUUUCUUUCAGAUAUUCCUAAUUGGACUUUAUAUAUCAAUCGUAUUACUUAACAAAGCAUCGCAAAAGGCAAUUCCUGUAGAUGUUGUUCAGGAAAACACUGAAUGGAAAACUAAUAAAGAGCAAUCAAGGAACACGAGUACGAAUUAUGUGCACCAGACGUUACACAGCAAUGGUGUUUUUAGGCAAUUAUCACAGGAUGUGUUUGUGUAUUCUGUUUACUACGAUGAUAGGAAUGGGCGGCACAUACGAUUAGUUGGAAUUGUACAAGACGAUGACUAUGGUGGGCAUGGGCACUUCGUCUGUUUGUUUAAUGGUAUUGAAGUGAAUGCGACAUUUUACAAGACCCCAGAGAGCCAUGCCUUACAGUAUGCCGCUUGUCUGAUAACGUGUGAAAUACCAUCGUCAGUCAACAAAGAAUCUUUAGAAGAUGGACUCAAACUAGAAAACGACCAAAGAGAUAUCAUUGCUUUUCCUGUGAAGAAUAUACAUCAUGACAUUGCUCUACAUACUCCCAAGAAACCUCGUUUUGCGGUUUGUGUGCCUCCAUUAUUUGGAACUGUUUCGGCAAAGGACAUCCAGGAAUUCAUAGAAGCCACAAAACUGCUUGGCGCUGAUAGUUUCAUGUUUUACGACCAUGCUUUGAAUCAAGAAGUUAAACAACUAUUUAAGAGCUACGCUAAAUCUCAAGAUGUUACAAAUGUAAGAGUGAAACCAUGGGAACACAAUUUCACAGACAGCCAACUUUGGUACUAUGGACAAACGGCCAGUUUAUGGGAUUGUAUGUUUACAAAUAUGUAUUCUGCUGAUUGGAUCGCCUUUAACGAUAUCGAUGAGUACAUUGUGCCCAGAAAUGCACAUGAUUGGCAAGACAUGUUGAAUGAGAUACUUGUUGAAAACAUUCAUGAAAUUGCUGCAUUAGAGUUUCCAAGUUAUCUAUUUAUCCUCAAGGACAAACAACACGAUACGACGACAAACAUGUCAAAAUACUUGCCAUUUUCGUCAUUCAUUCGGAGUGGCUUUGCAGAUUAUACGCGGACAAAAAUGAUGAUUGUUCCUAAAAAGGUUAUUGAACCUCAAAUACAUCGACUUGGUAAAGCUUUAGAUCAGAACUUUAAGGCUGUUAAAGUAAACGAGACAAUUGCUGCAGUGAAUCAUUACCGGCAAAAAGAGGAGAUUUCCUUACACAUGCAUAGACUGCGUUUAAAACAUAAGAAUACUAAAUUGGUUGAAGAUAAUGUGAUGCUUAAGUAUUGGAAUGAGUUUAAAGCUAACAUUGAUAAGCAAACAGUAAAAUGAAGUAUUAUAUUUAUUAUAAACCUGAUCAUUUGG